AUUAAAUAUACCUUAGCGUAUAAUUGAAAUCCGUUGAAAAGUAAACACCCUUUUAUAUAGAGAAAUGAGUAAUCAGCUUCCUGAGUAGGAAAGGAUAUCAUCUGAUGGAAUUAUAUUAAUUGAAUGUAAUCCAUAGUCCCUGCACUAAGGGCCUUGUAUUGUUGAAGACAUUUAUCUCCAUUAAUUUCUAAUUAGAUUAUGGGCUUCCGUAGGGAUCCUUGUAGAACAGACUAUAUGGGGAAGCUGUGCAUUGUUUGGGUUUUUCAAACGUGGAUGGAAUGCUUACCUUUGUUUCUUGAAAAGUGGAGUUGCUCUACUUCUUCCUUGACAAACCAAAUUAUCAUUUAUUCUUCCCAAGUCUGAUAUAAGUUUGAUCACUUGACUUUCAACAGUUUUAGAAAUUGUUGAUAAACUAAAUGAGAUAUAUAAUGCAGGUUAGGAGGGGUGCAGAUAGAGCAGAAAUAUAUAGUCUGUCAUUCUCUUUAACUGCCCAGUGGCUGGCAGUCUCAAGCGACAAGGGCACUGUCCAUGUUUUUGGUCUAAAGGCUAAUUUGGGAAACCUGGGAAGUGAUAAGUCACAUGGUGCAUCUGAUCCCCAAUCAUGCUGUUUCAUCACCCACUUCAUCACUCUCUUUUAUAAAAGGAGUAUUGCCCAAGUAUUUCAGCUCAGAGUGGUCUGUUGCUCAGUUUCGUUUGCUUGAAGGUUCGCAAUACAUUGUUGCAUUUGGUCACCAAAAGAAUACUGUUGUAAUUCUUGGCUUAGAUGGAAGCCCUUUGGCCAAAUUCCAGCGCUAGAAGAUGGAGAUCUCACUUUUUGGUUAGGAGGGGUGCAGAUAGAGCAGAAAUAUAUAGUCUGGUAUUCUCUUCAACUGCCCAGUGGCUGGCAGUCUCAAGCGACAAGGGCACUGUCCAUGUUUUUGGUCUAAAGGCUAAUUUGGGAAACCUGGGAAGUGAUAAGUCACAUGGUGCAUCUGAUCCCAAUCAUGCUGUUUCAUCACCCACUUCAUCACUCUCUUUUAUAAAAGAGAAGGCGGAUUUUAUUUUAUUUUUCCGAAGGAGAAGUCCUGAAACUAUGCCAAAAGAUGAUAUGAAGGUUUUGUGUAGUCCAUUACAUAACUUCAAUUUCCAUGGUUACCUUGUCCUUUAAUUUCUGAAACAUGCUGGACAAAUUUAUAGCUUUACCCUUUAAUGAGUUCAAUGAAGCUUCAGAAAGUCAUUUGGGGGUAAAAACUCAUUGGUGGACUAGGAAUAAACCAAGUGACUAGUUCCUCAUAAUGGUUCCUUUCUCAGUUCACAAAUAUAUAUGUAUGAACAAUUCUAGACUCUUCAAAGGAUCAAUGUUGUCUUUAAUAUUGACAAUGCAUCAACUUCUUGAUUCUCAAAGAACUCAAGACUACAUAAAUUGGUAGAUUUCAGAGGAACCAUUUCUUUUGCUCCAAAAUGCUCUGAUUACCAUGCAGAUGUUAUGGAUAUUUGACAAAUGGUGUAUUUUGUGAAUAGAGAUUACAAUUCUGUUCUUUUGUUCUCGGUAUGAUUUUUAAUCCGCUAUGUUAUUUAAAAUGCUUUUGGUAUUUCUGUGUUUUCUGUUUUCUGUGAUUUGAUUAAUUAUUACCGGAUGCCGGAGGGUAACAUUUAAAGAUAAAUUUUGUUUCGUUUGC